UCUGAACCUGUUUUCUACUGAACUCACAAGUUCAUUAGCUCACUAUCACUUUGUCUGAACAGGAACGAUGAUCACACUCUUUGUCGCUCUUUCUCUCGUCAUAACUGUGAAAACUUCUGAUGUCGAGGAUCUUCAAGUUCAAAUAGUAAAGCGUGGAGAAAAUGUAACUAUAAAAUGUGACGACUUUAACGGUGACAAAAAUAAAUUAGUUUGGUUCAAACAGAGUUUUGGAAAAUUACCUCAGUUGAUUGUGAAACCGGUGGAGAAGACGAUCAGAUACGGUGCAGGAUUUAAUGAAGGACGCUUCAGUACUAGUGUAGAUAAACUGUUUCAUCUCAACAUCAAAGAAAUCAAAGAAGAGGAUUCAGGAACAUAUUUCUGUGCAGAAGAGCUGAAUUCUUCACUAUACUUUUCAUCUGGAACCGUUUUGGUUGUUGAAGCUGAGGAGAUGAAACAACAUCCUCCGACUGUCACGGUGAUGGAGAACGGAGAGUCGCUCACACUCCAGUGUUCAUUAAAAGCGUUUACUUCAAGCUGUGAAGGACAGAGUGUGUACUGGUUCAGACACGGCUCAGGAGAAUCUCAUCCAGGAAUCAUUUACACUCAUGGAGACGGCAGUGAUGAGUGUAAGAAGAGCUCUGAGGCUGGUUCUCCUACACAGAGCUGUGUCUACACUCUCCCCAAGAGGAACCUCCCAACCUCUGAUAAUGGAACGUUCUACUGUGCUGUGGCUGCAUGUGGACAAAUCCUCUUUGGGAAUGGAACUGAAGUGAAAGUAAUUCAAAUAAAAGAAAAUAAUUGGAUUGUUUAUGUCUUAACAACCUCCAACAUAACAUCUGUUAUUGUAAUCAUGGUUCUGGUUGGAGUUUUACUUAAAAAACAAAGAAAAGGGGCUUCCAGCGAUCAUCCAAAUAACACAAAUCAGGCUGAUGAUGAAGAUGUCUUGAACUAUGCAGCUGUGAGUUUUGCUAAGAAACCUUCAUCCUCCAGAACAUCCAGAGACAAGAGCCAUGAAGACGUUUAUGCACAAGUUAAAAUAAAAUAGAUAAAGUGACUUCAGAAUUGAAACACAACCAAAGUGUAACUAUUUACUCGUUUUGGAGACGGCAGUGUCAUAUUUUAAUCAGACUAAAACUAGUGAGAUUUAUUGCUGUUAAUCGAGCUGUUUCCAUGGUGACUGCUAAAAUCAUGACUAUACUAGUUUGCUUUAGUUGAUUAAGACUGAAGCUUCUUUUUAUUUGCGAUCAAAAAGUUAUAUAUUUACACGAUUACAGUCUUUGUAAUGCUGUCAUUAGUCUUUCAUUAACUUUGAUCAGAUCCUUUUUAAAUUAUAUCCUAUUAUAUAAUUCCAUUAUAUUCUGUUAUAUAUAUUUUCUGUGUUGUAACAUGGGAGGUUGAAGGGGAUAAAUCUGUGUAUAAUGUAAUUACUGUAAAUGAGAUAAAACAUAUUUCCUAAAUAUCUAGUCAGUACAUCAGUAACUACAAUGCAGGUUUACGCAUUAUUUAUGUUUUUAUAAAUAUUAAGGACUUUUAAGUGAAAGAAGGCUGAAUAUAAAGAUGUGUGGUUACCGUUUUGAUUAUUUGACUGCUUAAUCUGAAAUUAAACUCCAGAUAGUAAAUUUUAAUACAGAUUAAAAAUGUGUAAUAAUGACUGAUUAAGU